AUCAGUUUCCAGGAGGAAGAGGAGGAGUGACUAACUGUAAGUAACGUUAGAUCUGAAAGUUUAGACGUUUAAGUCUAGGAGGUAGGCUGAUGUCUAAUGAAUGGACUGGUUUAGCGAGAGGACGGAAGUACACGAUUCUUUGCUGAAUAUGAGACCAAAUUUAAAGUAAACUGGGUCAGGACCAAUUUGCAUCUUGUUUGAGCCUGUUGAUGUGAAAUUCCUUUAAUCGGUGUCGAUGGCUGGGAUGCGAACGAGAAGCGGUAGGACAUUUUCGGGACCGUCCCGGACAACGUUAGCGAGGGUCGACGCUAUUGCCCUGGAAUUGCACCAUGAAUGCACCCUUUUACUUGGACUCUAUAGGAAAAAGGAGAGCUUCUCACCAGAGCUUACAGUGGGCAAUGGCCGCCCAAUGUUGUCCAUGCCACCGCCCUCGUCCCAGCUCUCAACCAGAGACCAGCUGUGGUGCCUCUACUCUGCCCUCCUACAGUGCCGAGGACUCCUGGUGCGUGCCGUUACCCAGGAGGAGGAGGAGUUUGGCGGUGGGGAGGGGGGCGAGUAUGAGAGCCAGAGGAAGACAGUGAGAGACCGCCUGGGUCACCUGUUAGACAGCAUGCGCCAUCUUCUGGAGGAGUUGGAGGGCGCGCCAGCCAUAACCUCCAACACUGAGAUCAUCGAGAUCGACGGGCCGGCUAGCGGUGGUACGUUUGAGCUAAAACUCUGGAUCUACCGCAUCUUCAGCGAGGUGGAGCACUGGAGCAGAAUGACCACAGCCACCUUACGCACCAUCCCCUUGGUCAUGUCUACGGCAGGAGGGAGAAGAGCUGGGAAAAGAAUGAGGCGGGGAAAACCAAAAUGAGACAGAGGGAAAAGUGGGGUGAAGAAGCACGUCAAAGAGGUUAGAGAGGGUCGUAGGAUGGGAGGGAGGAGUUAUGAGAGAGGGAAGAAGGUGGAGGACAUAUGAAAAGUUAGAUAUAGAGAACAAGAGAGUGGAAAGUGAUCAAUGCAGGAGAUGGAUAGGAUAGGAUAUGGUAAGUAAUCAGUCAUAAGCUGUACUAAUUACAGCAAGUGUGAAAAUGUGCUCUUACAUAGAUUUUGUUUAAAUACAUUUGUCUUGAGUACCCAGGAUACAAACAUUAUCACAACAUGUAUUUUAAAGGCUGUGGAAAUCAUUUUAAAUGGUUUGAAACCUGAGUGGAGAUUUUAUUUCUAGACAGUUAUUCUGAUAGAGAUGUUUAAACCCUGAAUAUCAGGGGUGCUUCUCAUUUCAAUUAUUAACUUGAGUUAACUCCCUUCCACAUUCUGGGUGUUUGUUUUAUUGUACAAAAAGUAUGGAAUAUUGCCCUCUAGUGGCUGUCUAGCAUGUUGUGUUCACGUCGAUCAAUAAAAAGGAAAUACAGAGAAGAAAGGAAAGGAAUUGUCGGACUACAUAAAAUGCAUACAAGACAGCAUCAUAAACAAUAUUGAGUUAUUUGGGUAUAUUAUGAGUGUACCUCAGUAAAGAGCAUCUUUCAUAUUUCUAAAGAACAAAACAAUGUUAUUAGUUGGUUUAACUUUGGGGCACCAUCAUUUACAUGCUUAAUCAUUGAUCUCUUGAUUGAACUUUUCAUUAUUGUUCAAGCUUACCACUAAUUAUGCCUGCACGUCAUGCACUGUUAACAGAAGAAUUACAAAGUAAAAUGGCCGUAUAAUGGAUUUAUUUAUUUGUUUGAUUGCUGGAUUUAUUGGUUGUCACAUUUUUUUUUUUUACUUAAAAACAUUGAAAUGCACUGUACAGUGGCUUUCUCCAUCAUGUGAAUGUUUGAAUGAAUGUAUUUUAUGUCCAAAUAGAUGUGCACAUCACAUACAGUGGGGACAUGAAAACAGAGUCACACAGGAAACCUAGGAUGUGUAACAUACCUAGAUAUUAUCUCAAAAUGAUUGCGGACCUAGAAGCAUUCUUCCUAUCCCAAUGCCAGGGACUUUACAUAUUACCUUUCAACUUGCAAGAAAAAGAUCACAGUGCUUUUAUUUGAAAGAGCAGCUAUGCCUAAGAUCCAUUAGGAUCCAACUCCACACCAACAUGUUUGCCCUUCUCUCCUUGUACUGUCAUACUGUACACAGUCUUCAGAUUUCCUAAGAUUACAAUUUAUUUAACACAAGGGGACUGACUAUAAAUCCCUAAUGUCAUAUAUUUCUUACUCAUAGACUGCGCUCAGCACAUUCCCAAUUGUCUUUCACAGGAUAUUUCCUCACUGAAUAUCUCUCCUUCCUUUUUCUUGAUGACAUUAUUUUAAAAAGCUGGUUUUGAUGAUUUAGUCUAUGUGUUGAUACAACAUGUUGAUACUGCAUGAAGAAUUGUCAAUAAAAUAGCUCAGCGGGCUAAUGCAGUCUAGCUGUUUGGUUUUCAGUCAUCAGUGGCAAAAAUACAUUUUUGAUGAACAUGAUAUAUUUCCCCUCACGAUACACUCCUUAGUUUUCUUGUGUGUACAUGUAAUCAGGAUCCAUAAUGAGUAGAAAAAAAAGUGUCCUCAGUUUGACUGAAGAAUCAAACCCAGAAUGUGACAUUGAAUAGAUCAAGCAAUGUCAGUUAGACCCUGGCUUUGUUAAAAUGCUUCCAAACUAAUGUAUCUACGUAUAUUUUGCUGAAACUAUGAUAUGGUUUGAGAAAACAUUUAUUAGUGUAUUUAUCGUGGAUGUAUGUAUUUUAGGACAGAGGAUAAAAUAAAUGUAUAUAGGUUGGUCUCUUGGAUUUUGUGUGGUUGCUAAGGGAUUGGGUCAUCUGAGAUGGAUGUGAUAAGUUAUGUGUUGUGGUGUUUUGUUUCCAUAAAAUACUUUUGGAGCACGAA